AUGGUGGAGCACUUGCAAAAAGUAAGAAAUUCUCUUGUGCACUACCUCAGUAUCGCACUAUUUGGCAAAAUGACCGGGGGUGCGAUUAGCGAUGUGUUAAGAGGGGUCUACAGCGUACAAGAGGCUAGAUAG